AUGGGUGCAGAGCCUAGCAAACAGAUUGCGGAGCGAGUAAUCACAGCUUGCCAAUCUGUGAAUGACAAUGAACAAAUAAGUGGAAUUCUUCUGGAAGAUAAAAUUUUUCGACAAACACUUGCCAGGCUGUCUCAAGACAUUCCACCUUCUCUAAGGCAACUUAUUAAGCUCAAGAGAGAGCGACAACGUCAGGACUACGGUGGCCCAGAGAUCACGGAGCACCGCGCUUUCAACAGCAUAUGGGCGGCUUCGGAGCCUAAGCUCCAGCCAGUUAUUCGACAAUUCCUCUUCGCUUGUCACAAAGACCCACGACAGGCUUUGAGACGGACUGGAACAAAUCCUGAAAGGAUAUCGAUUGCAGACUACCUUGACGCUUUGUAUGACCUCGAGAAAGAUCGAAAGAUUAAUACAGUUCGCUGGCGACUCUCUUUGAUUCCACUGUCCGACUUGAUUCAUAAAUUUGAUCGGGCGAACUCACAUGCUCAGACGCGCGAUGAUAUUGUUACAGUUAUCUCUCAAUCGAGUCUCACCAUCCAGAAUGAAGUUGAAAUACGCAAAUAUCUACCGUCUUGGCUUCAGAGGGGAAAGAGGUACAAGACCCUAGCGCCAAAGAUAGGGUAUGGUGGUAUUUGUGCUUUGCCUGAAGAGCCUGGUGAUACAAUUUGGGAGCAAUUUCUUCCAAAAAAGGGAGCCGUGACUGACGCCUGUAUACGAUUGUUGGUCGAUAGAGGUAUCAAGGAGGCUGCUUCCGAAAAUGUCGCUGAAAAUGAGCAGGAUAUUGUUACUGCCGAUGCAGCCGCUGAGAAGAUAGUACAAUAUUUGGGCGGGUUGAUUGAUGAUUUCCCGUUCCUCGAUGACGGAGAUAGGCAUUCAUGUAAAAAGCGGAAACGAAACAGCAGAUGUUUUAGGGACGAGCCCCGGCUCUCCCCUGCUCAACCUACUAGUUCCGCUUCGCAAUACUACCAAGAUGCUCCGAGCCUUGUUCCCAAUGAGCGCGGGUCACUUGACCGAAGCCCAAGUCAACGGGCGGGCGAUGCAUUGUCGGCUGAAGAAGAAACACCAUCUAAUAGUGGAGACUUGGGAACCAGCCCUAGUGAUACUAGUAUGUCGUACGACUCACCGGACAUCAGCAUUUCCGGCGCCAAUUUUGAUUUUCACGCUGCUCAAAUUCUCAGUCAAAUUUCGCGCGAUUCUGCAGCCGAUAACGUACCGAUCAACAAUGGUGAAUGGUCUGUCGGUGUGAACGAUGUACGCGAAGGAAUAGAAAUUGUGGCGGAUGUUAAUACUGCUAAUUCGGGAUGUACUGCAUCUCGGAUUGUAGAAAGCACGGGAAGUCUGAAUAGGAGUUAUGGAGCAGCAGGAACUCAACCUGAAAAUGUCGGGGCGGAUGGCAAUAUAGCAGUUACAAAUCGCCAAGUCCACCACCAUCCACGAUCUACUGCAGAGGGCAUGACGCUCAUGGGCUCCUAUGACUCAAUCUUGCCUGAACAGGCAAUUCCACGUCCUUCUAUUCGUCCACAUCAGUUAAAUAUAUCCUUCAGACAACGAACCCUUCCAUUACCACUCAAUAGCGUCUCGUCUCCACCAAUCUCCGAUGUAUACAUGGGAGGACAGAUUCCCAAUGCGACAUUAUUUUCUUCUACUCAACACCUCCACAGGACUGAAGCCAGCGCACUGGGGGAACGGUAUCCGCACCUCGAGCAGAACCCCAGUGCUACAGGUGAUGCGAUUAUUCAUGUAGUGCCUCAGAGUGACCUCCAUGCUGGAAGCUUUCCCUCUACUAAUAACACAGCUCAACCUGGCUUGGCUUACAAUAUUCCGGUGGGGCCAUUCGGGUACAGCAACACAAAUCUCACUCUUGAGGAUUAUGGGGUACCGUAUACACCUGAAGGCCUGUCUCAAUACAGCAACACAAAUCUUACUCUUGAGGAUUAUGGGGUACCGUAUACACUUGAGGGCCUGUCUCAAUACAGCAACACAAAUCUCACUCUUGAGGAUUAUGGGGUACCGUAUACACUUGAGGGCCUGUCUCAAUACAGCAACACAAAUCUUACUCUUGGAGACCCAGUUCACUCCGGCAACAGAAACAGUCCAUCAGAAGGAUCUCACUGUACUUUAGUUGUUUAA